AUGUCACCCGACUCGUCGCCAGUCCCAUCUAGCUCUUCUUCCUACGUUGCAUUGUCAGUGGCCGGAGAUGGCGAUGAGUAUAGCGAAGAAGAGCUCCAGUUCAUCUGGGAUACCGUCAUGCGAGCGGAAGCGACAUUACCGCAACUUCCACCUUCCUCGCGCCACCCGACCAAUGCACUCUUCCGUGCCUACGGAGACCUGCUCGAAGAGAGAAACAUUGAACCAAUCGAUGGCGCCAAACUCGACAAGCUCCUCUUCAAGAUUGGAGGUUCUCGCGAUGGCAACACUAUUACUGAGAGGUUCCAGGCCGUUAUGGCCAAGAUGAACAUCACAGUGCGGCUAGAUCUCGACGAUAUUACGGAUGAUGAGUUCUCAUCACACUCGGAUAUUUCAUUGCAAUCAAAUGACCAAGGCCACUAUAUUUCAUCAGAGAAACGUGGCUAUUUGUUGCAACCGACUCGUGGGGACAGACUGAACCGCUUGGAGCCGUUGGAUGAGCCAGUUGCGGACAACAGAGAUCUCGAAGACGAAGAUGUGAAGGAGCAGGUGCUCGAAGAGAGUGCUGCGGCAUUCGAGGAGCACCGCGACAGAAUCCAAAAUCUACAUGUCCUUGAACAGUGGCAAGACAAAGCAUACCACCUCAAAAAUCAAGCAGAGCUCUUCGUGGAAGCUAGAGUUGAAGAUUUGAUAUUACAAUCGCAAGACGUGCUCGUUGCAUGGAACGAGAUAGCCGUUGAGGUCGACGAGAUGCCACUUGAUGACCUACCUCCAAAUGUAUACUCGAAGCGCAUCGAGAAAAUUGCAACUCGUACCCACGAAAUCAAAACCUCUAAAAACCUUCUCGUCGGAUGGCGCAAUCGCACACAAGCGCGACUACGACAGCAGGAUGAGCACCAACGGCAAUGGGACGAGCAACGCCAUCAGCAAGCAGUCGAGGAUGGCCUUUUCAAAGAUGAUCCGAAACUCGUGAGACUGGCUCAGAGGACACACGAAAACUUAUCCAAGUCGCGCAUUCUUGCACAUUGGUCGAAUCGCGCAGCAGAAGAGGAAGAGAAAGCCGAGGUCGCAAAGAGGGCGCAUGAGAUGAGUUUGAAAGCAAAAGCUUUUGGACUCCGACCUAAGCCGCAAAUUUUCGCAUCACUUCGACAGAGACUCCAGGAAAAGGUCAUCGCCACGAAACAAGUGCACGAAGUGGACGCUCCUCCACCACGUCCAAAUACCACUGAACAAUUCAGAAACAUCACGGAAGAGGGUAUUCCUGAGAAUCGGCCAGCAUCGAAGCAAUCGAGCGACCCGGCCGUUCAUCAACGGGAAGCCGACGCUGGAGGUCAUUCUGCUGUCACUCAUGGAGAAAUGAACCCUCCACAAAAAGUCAUGCUUUCUACGCCUCACGACAGUGAUAUGCGAGAAUCCGGGGUCCAGGUUGACCAGGGUACGGCGAUUCCCAAGGACGUUGAACGAAAAGACGAUGAGUCAUCAUUGGCAGAUGAGCUUGAUGAACGCACACUGCUGGCCAAAAGACAUCUAAUGCGCAUGAGGUUCUUUCGAGCUUGGGAAGAGUAUACCUCUAAGCACACGAAAAUGGUAGAGGAGUUUGCUACAAACAAGGCGUUGGAAUCUUGGUAUGACAGAUCAUGUCAAAUGGCAGCAAACGCCCAGGAAGGAACGCAAGAGCAUUCCCGGCGCAGGGAUCGUCACCUUCUGGGACAAUGGCGUCGCCCAGAUGAACGCCAAAAAAAGCUCGAAGCGAUGGCUUUGGAUUUUUACAGGAAACAACGCCUGAAUAAUGCAUUAGCAGGAUGGAGAGCAGCUGCAAUUCAAGAAAGGGCCAAAGUACAGGGAUUUGAUCAGAUGUCAAAUCUGGCAGAUCAAUAUUGCAGGACGCAUGGCACCCUGCAGGCCUGGAAAGCUCGGUCCAGAGAGAGCGCCGUUCGAACGACCAUGAAGCAAGACGCGCUGCAGGCAUGGCGCAAAGAUUGUGCGGAACAACAACGUCGAAGGGAAUUCUUGGAAUACAUGACCCAACGUGUCGACCUGUACCGCAUCAAGGAGAAGGUAUUGCCAUCUUGGCGAGGAGCAGCCACAGGCAAGGCCACUAGAGAGCAACAAUUGCGGACAUGGAGCCAGCGCGCAGACUUUUAUUCACUCACAACCCAGGCAAUCACGACAUGGCGAGCUACAGCCAAGGCGAAGCGCAGAGCGAGACUCCGGGAAACAUAUCUAGAAAUUCGCCGUAGAGUCAAGAAAGCCAUGGGGGCUCGUUGCAUCGCCCAAUGGCACAAGAGCUCAGAAGCUCGUCGCCACCAUUUGGACUUGGUUACUGAAGAGUUCGCAAAAUACCAUGAUUGGAACGCCAAAGCGCAGAGCAUCAAUACAUGGCGUUUGCGAGCUCGCGAAAAGGCUGAAAUGGAAGCAGCACGGCACACCGAAGCUCAGCAGCAGCAUCUCAGGACUUGGAGGACAUGCAAUGACAGCUUACUGCAAUUACAAAUCGAGACGGAAGAGCAUUUCCAAGACAAGGCCAUGUCUAGAGCUGUAAAGGAGUGGAAACUCGGGUCUUUACAGCUUGAAAGCCGUAGGAAUGCUAGCGAAAGGCACCUGAACCGGCAGAAGAAACAGCUCAAGCAGGGGUUCGAGCUCUGGUAUACCAAAGCUGCCGACAAGGCUCAGAGAACUCCAGCCGCCGAAGAGGAGCCGACGAUUCAACAACCGGAACAGGAAGAGGUUGACUUCAUAUCGACUCCAGCAAGACCACGUCUGUUCAUGGGUCCGUUGACUCAAACCACUACUCCUCUCGCCCCUAUACCUCAAAGACAACCGUGGUCAGGAUUAAGAGGAGGGCCUGGAGAUUCCCUACUUGGACGUCCACUCGCAGCUCCUGGAGGCACAGCUAGUCGCUCUGGUCGAUCAAGGAGGAAUUUGCGAGUCUAUUGGGCCGACAGGGGCUGA